UCCUCUCAGCUGCUCGCCACUUGCCGGCUUCGACCAGGAAGGCCCCCCAGGCCGACUGCGGCAUGAUCUCCAUCACCGAAUGGCAGAAGAUUGGUGUGGGCAUCACCGGUUUUGGCAUCUUCUUCAUCCUCUUUGGGAUACUCCUGUACUUUGACUCAGUGCUCCUGGCCUUUGGAAACCUGCUGCUCCUGACUGGCCUUUCCCUCAUCAUCGGCCUGAGGAAAACGUUUUCCUUCUUCUUCCAGCGGCACAAGCUCAAGGGGACCAGCUUCUUCCUGGGGGGUGUGGCCAUCGUGCUCCUGCGCUGGCCCCUCCUGGGCAUGUGCCUGGAAACCUAUGGAUUUUUGAGCCUCUUCAAGGGCUUUUUCCCUGUGGUCUUUGGCUUCCUGGGCAACGCCUGCAACACCCCCUUCCUGAGCACGCUGUUCCAGAAGCUUCAAGGUACCGGCUCCAUGGUCUGA